AUGGCCUCUGAUACGGAAGUACCGAGUCAAACAGCGAAUCGUCCUCCUCCACAUUUGGAAGGAAAUUUAAUUUUUCACCGUGCAAGCAAGCUUGGAAGACCAAAACGGGCUUUCUUCGUGCUGUUAGAGACAGUGAUAUAUCAGUAUGAAAGCAAGGACAUGUAUUAUAAGAGGCAAAGAUCAAAAGAGGAUUUUAAAAUAUGUCUAGAAGAGGUCAGUGGUAUAACAGAAAUUUUGAUGUCCAGCAAACAAUACGAGAACUGCAGCUUCAAGCUGACACUUAAUGGCGAAGAGGCUAAAGAGUACAAGUUUUCUGCUGAGUCUAGGCAAGCAAUGGAAGACUGGGUGAAUGGCUUAAGAGAGGCUAAAGAGUUUUGGAUACGGCAUUACAAGAGGCAAGCAUUCAAGAAGCAAUUCAUCAAUCAAGGAAACUUUGCAGAUGUGUCUGGCCCAGUUUAUGACAAAGAUGAAAGCCUAGCUGACAGCAUCAGCUGUAGUUCAAGUGAAUGCUGUGAGCUAGUUCAUGUAUCUGUCACCACAUGGGAUAAAAGAACUUACACAGUUCUCCUUCCAUGUGUGUUUGAUAUGGAUGAGUUGUUAGUUGCCCUACAUACAAAGUCACAAACUAAAAGAUGUGCUGGCUGCCACGUUUGUAAGCUUCAACAGUCAUCAAUGGAAGUAUGGACAGUAACAGCUAAUGGAAUUGGGCACAGAUUUGACAUUGAGGAUGGUACUUUAGACAUUUCCAAACUUGGAAACCGCUUCUAUCUUUUAGUGCACAAUUACAAGCUACUGAUUAUUCACUUUGAUGAUGGCACAUUUCAAGUACUUCCUUCUUUAGUUUCCAUAAAAGCAAAAGAGGUUCCUCGUAUUCCUUCUUUGGCUACCAAACUAGAGUCUCUUGGUAUCGAGAACUUUGGUUUAUUUCUGGUUAAUGACGAUGGAACAUCAAAUCUUUUUACUCCCGAGGAGGAGCCACUCAAACAUUCUCUGCAAGGAAGGCUGGUUCUAAAAACCGUGACUGUUUCUACACCUCUCCGGCCGCGGAUUUCAGAAAUUCAAAGAAAAAAGCUGAGGAAGUAUCAGCAGAACCGAAGGCAAAUGGAGGCGCUGAAAAGAGUCGAAAAGGAAAAGUGUCGGCAUAACAGUAAUUUGAAUGUAAGUAAGACAGACAAAAAUGAGGUUUCAUGCCCCGAUGGUCUUGUGUUUUACGAACAGCAUUUUGGAAUGUCAAAUGACGUCAUAAGCCCUUCUAGAUUGGAUGGCUGUGUAGAUAUGUCAAUGGACGCUGAGAAAGACAGACGAAGUGGCCCAACGAAGCUCGUAGCUUCGAUUGAAGCUCGCAGAAUUUCUCAAGAAGCGGAAUAUUGUAUCGAUGAUGAUGCCGAGUUUCUUUCCGUUGAGGAAACUUUUAAAGGCUCGUAUGAAAAAGGUGAAGAUGAAAUUGAAGUAAAAGUUGCGGACAAUGUUAGUAAGAAAGAUAGUGACUUAAGUGUUUGGUCCAGACCGGACGAUGGAGAGAUCUUUGAUGAUGACAACGUUGCUUUGAACACCUCUUCUUUAGCGACGCCUGAGUAUGCGCUAAAUGACGAAACAGAGGAACAAUUAUCAAAAUCAUCUUCUAAAGGGAAUUGGUACGCUUCAGGUCGAUGUGCAGUUAGGGAUUCUAACAGCGAAGAACUUUUUUCAAACGGCGAUAAAUCGUGUGAAAUAAGCCGAAGGGUUCCCAAGUCAACUGACGUUGGGAUGGUUUCAGAACCAUACAGUCGUAGUAAAGAUACAAUUGCUAAACUUAACUCUUGUAGCGAGCCAGGAAAUCAUAAUAGGAAUUCUUUGUUAGUCGACGAUGUGGAGGCCAUCGCCUGCUUAAAGAUUGACACAGAAAGCCAGGAAAUGAAAACAACUGUUAACAAUCCUUCACUGAAUGCAAGUACUGAGAGUAAGUUUGAAAGACACCUGCUAUGUGUGACAGACAGCGAUGACAAAUCUCCUUCAGUUCCAUGCGAGUUCCUGCAUCCCACAGAACCAUUAGUGAAGAGAACGGAUAAUCAGGAUGGUUUUUCCAGACUUUCAACAGUAAUUGUCAAGGAAGGGGACAAUAGUUGUGCCUCCUGUGCUCGUAAUGAGCAAUGUGAUUUUACCAUCAUUAGCUCGCCUCGUGUUCUAGAACUGGCUCUGAAGAUUUGCUCUGGUCAAAACGUCAACGAGGAGGAAGUAGGUGAAGCCAACAAAUUCUCCAGAAUUUGUCUUUCUGGUUGGCACUUACAGUGUGAAAAUGGAUCGUGGGCUGUAGUUGAACGCGGAGUUCUGCAUUCACACAAUGAUAUCCUCUCUUCUGAGGUGAAAGUGCAUUUAUCAGACAGGUUUGAAGCUUUCUUUAACAGAGAGGAGAAGCUCUGGACUGUGAUAGAAAAUGAGCACAUUCAGAACGAACACUCCUCUUUUAGAAAUGAGAUUCAGAAUGAAGUUGUGAGAGAUACUUUUACGGCAACAGAAGACUCGCCCAGGGAUCAAGAUGACAUUAUUGAAGAGCGAGUGGUUACGCCAAUACUUAGUCAAAGCAACUCUCUGGAGAAUAUUUAUGUCAAGUCAUUAGAUUCUAAAGUUAGUGAUGAUGGAACUGAAAACUUAACGGGUGAUGAAAGACCAAUACCAACCGGGGGGAAUGGCGAUGUUGGCAGGCCAAGAGCAGAGUCUUCGUCCCAAGGAGCACUUUAUGCAGCCACUCAACGAGUUUUCUUACACAUUGUCGAGUUCGGUGAAGAGCCCGAAGAGGCACUUGAUGACACCAAACAUGAAAGUUUGAUCGAAAAUGUUUGCAGUCCUCUAUGCAGCGCCCUUUGGAACAUGUUAUCAAUCGGCGUGCGAAAAAAGUUUAUUGGGAAAUACACAUUGUGGAACAUAGUUGAAGAAUUGAAGGACAUUUCAGGCGAUGUAGAAUUGGCAGUGAACUGGGUAAAUAACAGAUGUGCUCGUCUAAGUGAUGAGCAAAAAUUCCAAGCGUUCGUUUGUGAAUGUCUCAACAUCGGACGUGGUACUUUGAAUCAAUGGCUGGAAGAAUUCGUUAAACAAAACAAGACGAGAGGUGAUGGAAAAAUAGGAAAAAAGUUCUACAGUCAAAGCGGUAUAGUUUUUCAGCUCUCUGGUCAAACGCUCGAAGAACUAGUGUUGGAUUUAUCACGAAUUAGCGGUCUACCUUUCAAAAUUAAUGUAGAGAGGUGGAUCAAGACAAAGGGCACUAGCCUUCAUGAGACACCUUUUACAUUUGAAUGACACUGUUUUGUUUUG